AUGGCGGACCCGAUCAGCAUCGUUGGCCUCGCAUUGACGGUCAUACAGAUUCUCCGUCCAGCAGUUCAACAGUUGAAGGAUGCGUACUCCAACGGAGGCAGCAUUCAUCAGACUCUUGAUGAACUCCGAGCCGACUCAGAGGCUGUUUGCGACCUGAUCGACAACAUACAUCGCGUUCUCAGCACCCCGAGCUUCGUCGCUGCGGUGGAAGAAGUGCAAGGCGCGUCGCAGGUCAACUUGCUAGAAUGUCUCCAACGAGCUCUUCAAAGCUGCGAGCGCGAGGCCCAAAGACUCAGCAAUUUCAUCUACGAUCUCGAUAUCUCAGGGGCUACGGGCCGCCUAAGGCAGGGCGUGCUUCAGUUCAAGCUUGAUAGACGCUCGGAUGAUCUCCAACACAUCAAGCGCAACUUCCAGGAUCAUAAGAGCUCAAUUCAGUUGGCGUUUACGGUUGUCUCAACCUGCAAGCAAAUGCAGGUUGCUGAACGUGAUGCUCUCGAUGCCGCAAGCCUGAAAGCUCAAAUCAGCAGACUCGAGGUGGCCUUGGAGCAAAUCGGAAAAUUGCUAAACGAACGGCUAGCGGCGCCAGGUGACAAAGAGCAGACAGUGAUGCUGGAUGAAAUGCGAGAGCUCCAGCAUAGAUCUGCAAAGGUCCGACGCCGAGCCACAAUGCGACUCGACCAGAUUACGUCUAUACUCGAGGAGACGCAGAGCUCACGUCCUAUGGUUGACAGGACCCGCCCUCCUGUACCACCGCGAAGGGCCUGGAAGGAUCACCAAAAGCCGCCUGCAGGAUUUCGCCCGCCAAUUGACCAAAGCCCAGCCUCGAAGGUACCAUCAACUCCAACCACCCCAAGAGCGGAGAAACGCGUUGCAAGCAUGCCGGCCACCCCGACCCCAUCGACAAUCCCGCGAGUAAACGCCUUGAGCCCGGACACGAACAAGUCAGCCUCACCAGUGCUACCUGCCACCCGUCUUUCAGACAUGACUACAAAUGGUCUACAGAUAGAUGCUGAAGACUUCGAGGAGAGAGUUCUGUCACUUUUAUCGACCGCGUCCACUCAACGUAUGGGUACCGAGAAGCCAUACAACGACGAGACAAUUCUGGCGCUCGGGGAACUACUCGCAAUGCUUGGAAAGCAUGACUGGAGUGUACGACCCAGACUAUAUCUCGUGCUCCGCAUGAUCAAGGAAGUGCGAGCGAUGAACAUGCUCAUUGUCGAAGGGUUCAAGGACAUUCACUUCCCUUUCACUGAAGUCGACCUUACUUCCAGUCUCAAAUCUGCUGCUUCCAGGCAAAACUUUCUUCGGGAACAACGGUUUGUACUCAGCUCAAGAUCAGUCGAUCUGUUAAAACGCAUCGAUCGAAGGAGCGGCACAUUUUCAAAGGACCGCAAGAAGCUGCUCUCAUUCGAGAACGAGGUCCAUAACCUCAAGCGACUGUCGCACCAUCAUCUGGUGAAGCUCCUAGGAUACAUUGGCAUCAUCAUGGAACCAGUAGCUGAUCUCGAUCUGCAACAAUAUCUGGCCCGGGAUGCGUGGACCACACAAGACUAUGUCGUCCUUCGGGGCUUCGUGGGAUGCUUGUGCUCCGCUCUGGUCUAUCUCCACGACAACAAAUGCCGCCAUAAAGAUCUCAAGCCGUCCAAUAUCCUGAUCAAAGGCGAGCAAGUGUAUAUAGCGGACUUUGGACUCGCUUUAGACUGGACUGAGGCGCAACGAGAGACUACGAUGGGCCAACCCGAAGCUUAUACACCGGCAUACAUCGCACCCGAAUCAGAAGAUGAGAUCUUCCAGACGGCCGUGCUGAGUGAUGGCAUGUCGGAUGAACCUACCGUCAUCAACAACACUACGACGACAUCCAUCGGCAGUGACGUGACGCUCCAGGCACCUCCCCCAAGCAUCGAAAAGAUAGUAUAUACACCUCUCCAUGUACCGGAUUACCUCGGUCAUCAUUCCACGGGAGGUGUCGGUCAGUCGCACCCUAUAUGGCUCAACGUCGGGAACGAUGCAAAUGUACCAUUCUGCGCCACACCUGCAGCUGUGACCGAGGAUAGCUACCCAAGACCGACAAGGGCUAGUAUGGAAAAGACCAACGAUGUGGACAAAGCUCGCGCCGAUAUACCGGAGAUGCAAGCAACGAAACCGAAACACAUAGCCAGAGAUCGCACAGGCAAACGUACCGAUCAUGAGCACGAAGCGGCUCACUUGCGGUUCGUGCAUAUACCAAAGGCCGCCGAACCCACGAACGAAGAAGACUCUUCUACUGCCAUCAGUCUUGCGGAAGCGUUUGCAGCCGAUGACGGCGCAUUCGAAUAUCACUUGGCCCUUCUGAGGGAGAAGAAUCCAAACUGGAGAGAUGAAAUCACCGGUCUAAUCGCGGCAGAAGCGCUUGACAAAUACGGGGCCAACGUUAUGCUUGUCGCCAGCAACUUCCGCGAUGACUCUCUCGCACGUGAUGUGAUUGAGCACGCCCUCAUUGUGGAGCCACAGAUCAUCCAUCAACGCGAUGUGUUCAAUCAGACCGCAUUGCAUUAUUCGGCGAACAGGAACAGAGCUGGUAUCACGAAGUACUUGAUCAAGAAAGGUGCCAAUGCGACAAUCACGAACUUUCGAGGCCAGACCGCUUUCCAUGUUGCAAUCCAUCGACGCCGCUUAGCGACUUACCAAAUUUUGCUCCGCUACCUUGGCGCUGCCGAUAUCAAUACCAAGGACGAUUGUGGUGAAACUUCACUGCAUCUGGCCUGCUAUCAUGACGCGCCUACUGAGUUCAUUCUGAGUAUGUUGGCGGCUGGUGCUGACGCAAAUGUCGAAGACCUCUCUGGCAAUACACCACUGACGAUCAGCGAAAAGAUUGGCAACCUGGAGAUAGCCGAUUUACUACGAGAGUAUGAAUCGGACGAACCCGGACUUUCUCCGCCACCGCCACCGUAUCAGAGCACACUUUCGCUCGCCCGUCAACCGGAGCCCACUGGUUGCACGUGUGAUCUCUGCCGUUUGUUCCAGGCAGUCCGCAAAGUCGACGAUCUCGUCCCCGAUCUGGCGGAUUGCACGUGCACCUAUCAUCUGGUACGCCUCUCGCUCAAGACGUUGAGCGAUGUGAACUACAUCAUGUCAUGUCUGAAUUGCGUCGCUCAGAUCAGCCCACCGGGGCCGUUCACAAAUCCUCCUUCGCUACCCCACGGCGAUGAUUUCGCUGGCAUGCCGCUACCUCCGUAUCCAGAUCAUAGCUAUUACGACUAUAUCAUCGAUGAGUGGACCAUUGAGGACGAUACAGACCGAUCACCACAAGAUAUCACCGCACAGGCCUUGGCCUGUCUUGCCCAAGCCGGAUUCAAAGGAAAGAAGUCCUAUCGGAAUGAGCCGGAAAAGGCCCUUAAAUGGGUCAUCAGCAAUAACGCCACUACACCUUAUGUCUACAAGAUUGUGGAAAUUCUGCUAGACUGCGGAGCAUCGGCCAAUACGACAGACAAGACAAUCUCGCUGAAUCAGAUAUUCGCUGUAAUUGCGCUCCUAGAUGCGGGAGCCAACAUCGAAGCCAUCGGGAAAGCUGGCGCGAAACCGCUAGCUAUGGCGCUUGAAGGCGGCAACUACGGCAUCAUCACUCUUCUCCUUGAUCGCGGUGCAGACGUACACUCACGUGCUAACGGCAUGACAUGCGCGCUAUUCUACGCAGUUCAAAUGGGCUACGUCGAUAUAGUAAGCAUACUCCUUGAAGACUACGGAGCGAAAGAGGACAUGCAUCGCACUGACUUCACAGGCCGGAGUAUUCUACACGUGCUUGUGUAUACACACGUCGACCACAUGCUCCAUAUACUCGACAGGUUGAUCGAAGAAGGCGCAAACGUCAAUGCAGAGGACUACUCUGGGUCGACGCCGCUACAUGAAGCUGCGAAGCUGGGGAGUACUGUAAUGGUCAGUGGGCUGCUGGAAUAUGGGGCUACGAUGAAUGUACAGGAUCGUCAGGGCAAGACCCCGUUGGAUCAUGCGCAGGCGAAGAAGCAUCGCGAAGUCGUGGAGUACUUGGGUGGGACAUUGAAGAAGAAGGGUUGGUUUCGCAGGAGUUAG